AUGGAGUCGACUGCUUUGAAUGGAAGGACGGCCAGAUGGCAGAUCUUGCUUUCUGAAUUUAACCUAAUGUAUGUGAGUCAGAAGGCCGUGAAAGGGAGCGCAAUAGCUAACUUUUUAGCUAGCAGAACCUUAGAGGAUUAUGAGCCUUUGAAUUUUGAUUUUCCAAAUGAGGAUUUGAUAUAUGUGGCAGCCACUGAAGAAAAUUCUCAAAUGGAUCAUGUGUGGAAAUAUGAAGCAUACAUUAUGGGCAUUCGUGUAGCUAUUGAACUUAAAAUCAAAGUGCUAAAAGUGUAUGGGGAUUCCGCAUUGGUGAUAGACCAACUCAAAGGAGAAUGGGAUACAAAAGACCCUAAACUAAUCAGUUAUCGAAAGAUGGUUCUCGAAUUGAUGGAUGAGUUUGAUGACAUCACUUUCUGUUACCUUCCACGAGAUGAGAACCUGAUGGCUGAUGUGUUGGCCACCCUAGCCUCUAUGAUCCGAGUGAACAAGUUAGAGGACAUGAAGCCUAUUCAGAUGAGUAUUUUUGAAACCCCAGCUCAUUGCUAUAAUAUUGAGGAAGAAGAGAAAGAUGAGCACUCCUGGUAUCUGAAUAUAUUGCAAUAUGUGAAAAAUUGUGAGUAUCCAAAUUAG